AUGUUUCGCACCUUACUGCUAGCUUGUUGUUUCCUCUGGACUGCGGCCUCGGAUAUGGCGGCCCCUGCAUUCCACAGAGGUUUAACACUGAAUGCAGAUAUCAUCACCUGCCAAGGUCACAAUGUAACGCUCACAUGCCGCCACCGAAUCGCAGGAUUGGACGCUAAUGUCACAAUGUACUGGAUUCCCGAGGGGUUUGUUCCUAACGGCACGCUCAUUACCGGCCCCAUACCCGGAAUACCGUCAUCAGAACUACUCUCCCGCCUCGGUACCAACGGCAAGUUGGUUGCGAACGGAAAGUUUCGACACGUGAAGUCGGGCGAGAAUGAAUACUCCGAAUUUACACUGAACCUAGAGUCGAUUCGGCAGAGUGACGCAGGUGUGUACAUAUGUGCGGCCAAUGCGGAUCUCUUGUUAGCACUCCGAUACACAAAGGUGUCAGUACUUUCAACCUGCAACCGCGUCGGUCGACCUCCUUGGUACCUUGGAGUUGUGACGUUCGCCGCCGUUCUGCUCAUCUGCAUGACUGUAUUCUUCUGCCACAAAUGGCACGUUAAAAACUCAAAACCGCGCACCCUCCGAUUAAUUUCACUCUCCCAUCCGGAAUGCACUAAUUCGACUUCAGACCCUGGCCCAGACAACGACUCUGGUAUCUCACAGUGCUCGCGCUACCAUGACGAUUAUCCCAAGGCUGUUGCCAUUCCUCACGUCCAAUUCGAACAAGUUUCUAUCCCGUCUGGUAUUGGUUCACAACUAUUACGGUUGGUUACGCGAUCCACAAAGCACCUGAGAAUCAGAGCCCUUGCAAAUGUUUCUAUGCUGUCUCACGGCCAUGCACAAGAGGCAUCCCAAGCGACUCGAUUGUUACACCAUUUGGACACCCGAUUUGCCAGCAUCUACCGAGUUCAACCAGAUGCUAACUAUGAGAUUCCAAGGGAGAACCUCAAAGUGGGCUCUUACCUUGGUGGUGGGGCUUUCGGUGUUGUGCACCUUGGUACGGCUCUGGAUUUACCAAAUCAUCCUUCCGGCCAAGUUGUCGUUGCAGUGAAAACAUUAAGAGACAACUUUAGUGAGAGCGACGUCAUCGAUCUCUUGAAGGAGAUGGAUAUUAUGAAACAAUUACAUUCUCAUAAGCAUAUUAUCCGCUUACUGGCCGUGUGUACCCAGAAUGGUGCUCCAUACUUGAUUAUGGAAUACGCUCCCUAUGGAAACCUGCGCAGCUAUCUGUGUGCUAACAAGUCCACAUUCGAGCAGUCUGCUUCCAUUGUCUGCUUACUUUUGAAUUACGGUCGUCAGGUAGCCGAGGGUAUGGAAUUUCUUUCAUCCAGAUCGAUCAUUCACCGGGACCUUGCUGCUCGUAACAUUCUCGUUGGUGAAGACUACGUUCUGAAGAUUGCCGAUUUUGGCCUAACCAGAGCAGCUGAUGACUAUUACAGAAAAUUGACAAACGGCAGACUACCUAUCAAAUGGCUUGCUCCGGAGUGCAUAUUCGACCGCGUAUAUACUGUACGAUCUGACGUGUGGUCCUUUGGCGUACUCUUAUGGGAAGUGUUCUCCCUGGGUGACUCACCAUUUAAAGGCAUUGACCCCGCUGCAGUUCCAAGGAUGAUUCGCGAGGGACGAAGGAACCCCAAACCUCGAUUCGCCACUGAGUCGAUUUACAAAAUCAUGCAACACUGUUGGGAAGCGGAGCCCCGCAAAAGGCCAUCUUUUGUUCAGCUCGUUGCUUCUUUGAGCGCCUUGGAGUGUGAGCACAUCAACUUGUUCAGAGGCUCAGGUAGUUCAAGUGUCGCAAAACACGUAAAAAAACAGUGCACAGCAGAUCCGCAUAUUGGUGGAUCCGUCUUAUGCGAUGUUAAUUUGGAUUCCAGUCUCGCCUACUCUCUGCGCACCGCAUACACCAAACUCGUCGCCGACCAACCCCUUGUCUUAUCAGUUGAAGGGGCCAACUCAGACGCCUUUGUAUCGGAUGUACGCAAACUAAUGUUAGCAUGA